AUGGUUGGAUUUUAUCGAAAAUUUAUUUCUCGUUUUGCUCAAAUAUCAGCACCACUUAAUAAAUUUACUUCCAAAGGCUUUCCAUUUAUAUGGACUGCAACAGAACAAUCAGCUUUUAAUCAGUUAAAAGAUGCUAUCACAUCUCCUGCUGUUCUUAUCCUACCUGAUCCUUCACAACCAUAUAUUAUUCGUACAGAUGCUUCAGGUGUCGGUAUAGGUGCGGUGCUAUUACAAAAGUUAACGUCUGAUUGUAGUGGUGAAUCAAUUACACCUAUAUAUAGACCAGUUGCUUUUGCAUCUCGCAGUUUAAAAUCCGCUGAAAAGAAAUAUCCUGCUAUAGAACUUGAAGCAUUAGCUAUUUGGUGGAGCGUGACCCAAAAGUUUUGA